AUGAACACCUCCAUCGGCAACGGCUGCCGAUACCACGGCGUUCAGGAAGAUACGGCGAUCUCUGAUGCCUCCCAGCUCCUCACCGAAGAGAACUUUGCCAAGCAGCAACUCGCAUUACAGAAGGACAUGCCCAAGGCUGGCCGUGGCUUGAGCACCAGUGGCAGGAAGACGGAUGGCACGAAGAAGAUGCUCGAACGUUGCGGCAAGGUCAGCGAUCACCCGCCAAACGUUCUUCAAUGGCGCGCGGUCGGCAUGCCCAUCUCGCCGUUCAUCUGCAUCUGCGACUCGACGGGAAGCUGA